AUGCCGUCGCCCAUCUCACUUCCAGAGUGCUGGGGUCACCGUGGAGCUUCCGCUGCAUAUCCAGAGAACACACUGGCCAGCUUCGAGAAAGCUAUCCGCGAUGGGGCCGAGGGCAUUGAGAGCGACGUCCACGUCUCCUUAGAUGACAUUGUCGUCAUGUUCCAUGACCCUGCAUUGGACAGGACCACAAAUGGAAAAGGCUUCAUCAGUGAGCAGAAAUGGUACGGGGCCGAUGGAAUGGAGCAGCUCAGGACCGUCAAAGAGCCCAAGCAGGCCAUCCCGACGUUCGCAGAGACCGUCGCGAUGCUCAUGAAGCCGGAAAACAGCCAUGUCAACUUCAACGUCGACGUCAAAGUCCAAAAUGACCCCGCGCGACUGUUCUCGCUGAUGCACAAAGUCAUUACCGCGCAGCCAGAUUGGCAGACGGCGCUCGCGCCGCGCAUCCUCGUCGGGCUGUGGCACACCGCGUUCAUCCCGCACGCUGUCACCCAUCUGCCCUACUGCCGCCGCUCGUAUAUCGGGAACAGCAUAGAGAUUGCCCGGCGGUAUUUCUGGGACAGCUGUGAUGUGUUCUCGAUGAAAUUCGCUGUGCUGACAACCGCUGACGGGGAGAAGUUCAGGAGAGAGUGCAAGGAGGCGGGCAAGAAAAUCAUGGUGUGGACCGUCAACGAGCCGGCGCAGAUGGUUGAGGCUGUGCGGUGGGGAGUGGAUGUGAUUUUGACUGAUGUGACGCGCACGUGGCUGGAACUGAGAAGCGCUCUGCAUGUCGAUUACGAUAAGAUCGCCGCGCAGUACAGCCGCAUGUUCCUCUGGACGUCGUGGUCCUUCUACGCUCCGGCCCUCGUCUACGACAGCUAUCACUCCAGGACAGUCAUUGAGUCCCACAAGGGGCCUCUGCAGGAAAUCGCCAAGAUGCUCCCUGUUACUACCGUAUCUGCGUGA